UCAAACUCAUCUCAACUUAGAGUCUUAGGUAGUAGCUCACAAUGGCAGGCACUAAGCUAGUAGCACUUGGGUUCAUUGUCCUCAUGAGCAUGGGGAUAGCUAAUGCCGUGAGGGUGGCUAGAUACUCUAGUGCUGAUGGAACGGGUACAGGAGGUGGUUGGGGUGGUGGGUAUGUGAAUGGUGGUGGCUCAGGGUCAGGGAGUGGCACUGGGGCUGGUGAGAGCGGUUCAAAUGGUGCCCAUGCAACUGCUGGAGGGGGUGGUGGAGGGGGCGGCACUAGCCAAUACAACGGGUCUGGUUAUGGUGGAGGGGCUGGGUCUGGUACAGGUUCUAGUCAAAAUAGUCAGGGUGGAGGAUCAGGUGGAGAAUCUUCCAACGCUGGUGGUACCGGUGGUGGCGGCGGUGGAGGACAUGGUGGUGGUAACUGGGGAUCUAGUGCUCAUGGGGAAGGUAGCGGCACUGGAUCUGGCUCGAGCAAUGCUAAUAGGUACUGGUAUGGACCAAGUGAUGCAAAUGCAUACGCUAAUGGCAAUGGCCGUGGCCAAGGUAAUGGUGUGAACGGUGGAAGUGCUGGUGGUCAAGGAGGUGGAUCCGGGUACGGUAAUGCCAACCCCUAGUUCAUGUUAUUGCCUGGUCAAUCUAAGUGUGGAGCCCAACUUUUCUUGUUUCACGUUGUAAUUUUCUGCUUUGUAGUCGUAUCAUUAUUUAGUAGACGCAAAUUAAUAAAGGGCUCCACUUCUCUAUAGUCAAUGUAGAGUCUAAGUGUAAGGUGCAAGCUAUGAUGAGGAGACGCUGUAACCAUGUCAACAUUUGAAUGGAAUAGUAUUCCAUUUUCUCAUGUAAUCUUUUGCUCUUAUCAAUGAAAUGGUACUCCUUUAUCAUUUA